AAUCGUUCAAUCGCUCACAGAAAAUUAAAUUUGUAAAAAUCGUGUGUAUGUCAAAUGUGAAAUGUGACUAUUUUUUGAACUAUUGUGUCACGGUAUCAGUGUAGAUAUAAUUUGGAGUGCGAAUUUAAUGUUACUUAUUAAAUUCCAAUAUAACAAUGAAAAUUAGUAAUUAAGUAAGGAGGAGGAUAACUCAGUGAAAAGAUGUCGCCCAACUGUUGCACCAUCUGCGCCACCCGUCUCAACAAGGGGAGGACCAAGGCCAAUUUGGGGACAAAGACCACCCAGACCCAAGUUUGGGAACGUCUUAUCCCCAUUUUUCUGGAUGGAGGAGAGUUACGACCAACAAAUACUAUUAAUUUGGCUGAACUUUAUCCACUCCCACUUUUUUGCUGCACUACUUGUCAGAAACUUCUAAAUGAUUUGGAUACAUUGCGGGGAGAACUGGUCAAAACCGUAGAAUCGAUUAGAAGUCUUGUAGCUAAGUCUGGGACUAGUGGUCAGUUUCAACCUGCUAUAUCCUCAUUGAGGGCUCAGCUAAUUGCUGGGACUCGACAUGUCCCCAGCGACGAGGGUACUUCUCAUUUUCAGGAACAAUGCAGUUACAAUGCAGGGAAUAGUCUUCAAUCGGUCAAAUCACUUUCUCCAAAUCGUCGAUCUCAACGGCUAAAGAAAAUGAACCCUACUCCGUCUUUCUUUGCGUCACCCCAAGAGUCAAUUAAUACACCCCAACGAGUAGAGUUGGAUGAGGGAGAAUAUUUCAUGUUGGAGUCCUCAGAACCUCAAAAUUGUCCAGUGAAUAGCAAUUGGGCUGCUGGCGAUAAUGAUGGCGACCAAGAUAUGAACGACUCCAGGAGUGCAAGUUCUUCAAAUUCUUCUCCUGUUCCACCACCACCUAAACGUCAUAAAAAAGGACCCCGGCCAGGAAAAAUGCCUACAGCACAAAGAAUUUCUAUGCUCAAGAAACGUCGCCUCCUCGCUGCUGAAGAAUUUGCUCCAAUCGUAAAAACUAGCGAUGGUCGCGUGUUUUACGAAUCUCAUGAAAUUAUCACCCUCCCUUCUGGAAACAUGCAGUGUGGAACAUGCAACUGGAAGGAGACCAAUAAUCAUGAAGUAAGGCAAUCAGUGAAACAACGCACAGUUAAAAUUCACAUCAAAGGAAUACAUUUAAAUGCAUACAGGUGCAGCCUAUGCAAUGAAAGUAAAAGCUGUUUAAAGAGUUUGAAAAUUCACGAGAAGACCUGUGGAACAAGGACCCGACAUACUCCACGAUAUAAGUGUGAUGGUUGUAAUAAACUGUUCACUUUCGCCCAAAACAUGCGCAAGCACAAGAUUGCGUUGAAAUGUGGCAGUCAAGGUAUACCGCCUUCAAGACUAGCAAUCAAGGCACCGGAAUCAAAUCCGAAUAUUAAAACAAGUUUUAAUGCCAUGUGCUCUAUUUGUGGCCGAUUUGUUCAAGAGGGGUACCUCAGAGAGCAUGAAUUCACCCAUAAGAAUAAAGAAGAAAAGAUCGCAGCUAUUGCCUUAGGCGACUUCCCAGAUCGCCUGAAAUCUUCCAUGUGCCCUCACUGCGGUAAAAUGAUAUCCAAGCCAUAUUUCGCCCUGCACCUUAACUUCCACAAGAAAGGGGAUGAGCAGAAAACAGUCUCCUGUCAGGUCGAAGGAUGUGGACGUGUCUUUUUGAAUAGAAUAAUCCUUCGAGUUCAUGUUAGGAAUGUGCACGAGAUGAAAAAGAGUGAAGUUCAGUUUACAUGUGAAGAACCUUAUUGUCGCAAACGGAAGUUCAGAACACGAAAGUUACUUGUUGCUCAUAGAAGACGGAUUCAUUUCCGAGAAAACCUUACACUGCGGUGUCCUCUGUGCAACUUACCAAGAUCUAGGCAAUACGAUCUUAAUGUGCAUACCAAAAUGCAUCGCGAUAAUAAUCACACGGCGGAAAUGUUUGUAUUUGACUGUCCCCAUUGCAGUACGAAAUUUAUGUCAGAGUAUAGCCGACAUUGUCAUAUCAAGAGGCUGCAUCCCGAAGUAAACAAUAUUGCAAAAGAAAAAAAUAUUGCAAGGCCAGCCAAGAAAAAACAAAAAAUUACUACUGUGACUGAUGAUAAGAUUGGUGUACGUGCUACAAAGAAGACAAAAGCGAAAAAGAGAAAAAUUCAGCAGCCAAAAGUUCGUGGCGAUCUACCAAAACCCCAGAGAAGCCCUUGUUCCAUAUGCUCGCAACCUAUUUUCCCUAGCGAAGUUUCCACUCAUCGAUGGAAUCAUUAUGGACUGCAAGAGUUAAUUGAUGCUGUAAAUUCGAGAGAUAAACUUCCUGCAAUAUUCUUAAAAUCAAAAUUUGCUUUGCUCGCGCACCUAGAGCAGGAUGAUAUCUCCAUUAACUGUAGAAUUUGUGAAAAUACCAGCAGUACGUCAACUAGUUUCCCGACCGUGGUAUCGUUACAUGAUCACAUUGCCACGAACCAUAUUAAUACUGAAAGUCAGAAAGUAGAAAUCGGAAGCAUUUCCGAUUCUGCAUCUCCCCAAACCCCUAAACACCGUACCAGAGCGGAUAUGAAGAAGAUUAGUCAAAUGAAUAUUGAUAAUGCCUCUCAAACGUCAAAGCAUCACAAGAAGCCUUCCUCUUCACUAAAGCCGGUUACAAUUCUACCUAAGGCAAUCCAACCCCAAGCAAUAGUAGCAACAAACCAACCACCAGGAAUUCAAUUUGUCAUACUAGGUGGCCAGGUUGUAGGGACCAUUGCAGGAAAUGGAGCGUUUAAUCCGGUCAUAGCGACUACUAGUAUACCCACAAACGCUAAUGCCUCUCCUGCCGUGAAAAAUAAUGAUAAAUCUGUUCCUGAACCAUCUAGAACAAAAAGUGAUGACGGAAAGAAGUGACCCGAAUGAUCCAUUUUUACUUACUGUUUUGUUUUAUUCAGAACUACAAUUUUUUUAGACUUUGUAUCUGAUCGAUUUGCUCAUGUUUGAGACAAAAAUAUUUUGUCGAGUUAAGGAUUAAAGGAGAAUAAAUAGUCGUCCAAAUGUU